AUGAAGAGAAGAAUAGGCAGUGUCAACACUCUGCACCAGCAGAGCGCAUCAACACAGAUAAGAUUUAAUAAAGCGGAUUUGAUGCAAGUUCAGAUCCCUCAUGAAAACCCCCUGGUUGUUAGUUUAACAGUGGCAGAGUGUUUGGUACGAAGGGUGCUAAUUGAUCCAGGAAGCAGUGCCAAUAUCAUGCCUAGAGUCACUUUCGAUCGGCUCGAAAUCAAGCCAAAGGAGCUCAAGUGUACUGGGAAUCCAUUGUUGGGAUUGGAUGGAAAACGAGUUGAACUGAUCAGUACAGUAGAAUUGCUUGUCCGGGGAGUCCCAUCGACCCUGCACCAAGUGAUGAGAUACUUGGGUCCGGAUGAAAACAAAGUGAUUGACAUCCAUGGAGAUCAGGUUGCCGCAAAGGAAUGUUACUCAGUGACUUUGAAAGCUGCAGGGAAGGGAAAAGCUCCCAUUCGCCCAGCUAUCCCAUAA